UUAGUCCCCAAGCUUUUAUUCGCGUGCAUGAUUUUAACGUUAUGUUGCAAAGAGAGGGAGAGAGGGAGAAAAAAACGGAGCAAGGGGAAAGUGAUUUUUGUUUGGUUUCGCGUGGCUGCCGCGGCGGUGUGCACGCCUUCAUCUGACGACGUGUGUGCGGGAGAAAAAGGAAGGGAACACCUGUGAAAGUGUGUGACCGAGCGUAUGUGACAGAAGAUGAGGAGGAGGAGAGCAUGUCGGAACACAGCUACAGCCCUGGUGAUGGCCAGUAUCCAGAGGGUGCAGAGGACCGCCUCCCUCCACCUGGCAGCCCCUACUACCUGGCUGACCCUGCCCAGCUCUGUGUACCCGAGCUGGGUGAGGAGGGGGCCAGUGGGGUUAGAGGUCCCGUGCUCUUUCACCCCCCACCCAACUGCCGGAUUCGAGAGGUCCACUGUGGGACCCAGGUGCGGCUGGUCGUCAUAGCAAUCCGAGACAUUGCCAAAGGGGAGGAGAUCACAGUGGACUACAGCCUGACAGAUUGGGGUGAGAAUGCCAUGGAGGAAGAGGCUGGUCCCCAUCCGUUGUCCCUCUCCGUCUCUGAUUACCUCACCCCCUCCUGGUCGUUAUCACCCUCAUCCUCCCCGCUCACCCACUCUGAACCCAGUGACUCUGACCGGGAGGAGGACGAAGAGGAGGAAGAUGAUGAUGAUGAUGACGACGACGAAGAAGAGGAAAUGGAGGAGAUGAGGGGCCGCAUGCUCCGCCGCCGCAAGAAACGCAAGAUGGCCGCGGUGGUCAAUUCAAAGAAGAAGAGCACAGCGACUUCCUCCAGAGGGCCCGGGCGCCCCUGUUCAUCUUUUUCCCGCCCAGCACCCGUUGCGCCCCCAGCCAGGUCCCAGUCCCAGCCCAGCGCCCUGGCACCCCCGACCACCAACAUCAACAAUAACAUUAACAUAAACAUUGGCAGCUCCAGCGGGACCACAGUGAGCCGGCGGCAGCACUGCCCGUACUGCGGCCGCCACUAUCGCUCUCUGGCCCGCCACCUGGAGAAGCACCACGCCAACCAGCCUGAGGUCAGGACGGCCAUGGAGCUGGCGCACCUGCACACACACAGCUCCUCCAAUGGCAAUGCCUCUCACCCUCCCCCCUCGUCGUCCACCUCCACCGCACACAGUCACUCCUUUGCUGUCCCGCAGCCCUCUUCCUCCAACCCUGCGCCACCCCCCCUCUUCUCCAGGGAGAGGGAAUCACCAGCAACUCGCUCAAGCACAGGUGGCGUCUCGUUCUCGCUCUCACUGUCCCCACCUUCUUCAGCUCCGGCAGCCGCCGCCAAGAAGGGCCCUAGUUUAUCACUGCCCACCCCUAAACGAGCCACAGCUCCAUUGGUGACUCGGGUGAAGAGCCCAUCACCACCUCCCCCAUCUACUCCCAGGAGGGGUCGGAGGAUGAAGAGGGAGAAGCAGGAAGAGCAGCAGAAGGUGGAGGAGUGCACAAGAAGUAAAGAAGAGCUGGUUCCUCCUCCAACUCCAGAGCCAGACAUAGAUCCAGAUGAAGAUCUAGAGCUGAGUGGAGAAGGGGAGGAUGACAUCCCUGAGGAGAAGAAUGGAGAGAUUGUAAGUUCACACAGACAUCAGAUGUCUCCGCUCCUCUCAUCCCUCUCCUGUUUGGUCCUCUACCUCCGCCGGCAGCAACACUCCUCCUUCCUGUCUUUAACCUGCUCCCCUCAUUCAGCUGAAGCCUGGCGCCUCCUCUGCCAUUCCAGCCUGUCCUUGCUCAUCCUGUACAACCGCCACCGUGAGUGUGAAGUGGCCAAGCUCACAAUCCAGGACUACCGCAACCGCACCAGCCCCCAGGCCAGCUCCACCACCAGCUCCCCCUCUGGCAUGGAGGCUCUCCUCUCCCCCUUCGAGCGCCAGGUCCUCUGUCACCUCCCACGGGCUGGUGUUCUUGGAAAGCGCGGCCGCAUCCAACCACUCAUCCUCCCACCACACUGUGAAUCCUGUUUAGAGCUACUCCUCCAAACCAGCCCCAACGUUGGUGUAGACCCUGAGAGCCCCUAUGUCUUCUCCCGACCCUACCACUCACCUGCUACCCCACUUCGGGGCACGGACCUUCUGAGAAACUUGGCGCGGACCAGCGGGGCCAAGAACCCCGGGGCUCUGACAGCGACACGGGUGCGGCGGCAGGUGGCCAUCCUGACCCAGUUGCUACUACUAGAGGAGGGAGAGGCCCAGGGCCCCUCAGGGGGAGGUGCUGCCAAACGCCUGGAAGACUUCCUGGAGCGCGAGUACCAUGUAACCCAGAACUGCUCCACUAUUGUCCGGGACCCAGCGCUGAUGGGUCGUGUGGGUCGAGUGGUACUUUACGGAGAAAGGGAGGGAGUACUUUUCAGAGGCAUGAGCCUGCAGCACAUCUGUCUUGAGUUGGAUGUGAUGUCUGGCAACUCGGCAGACUCCUUUUCAGAAGAUUCAGAGGUUGAGGGGGAGAAGGAAGAAGUGAAGGAGAAGACAGAGGUGCUGGUGAAGAAGAAAGGCCCCGGCCGACCCCCACGGAAAAAGAGAGGACCCCUAACUUCAUCAGUUAACACAUCGGUAGCCAGUGUCCACAAAAGGAGGUGUAUUCAGCCCAAAUCGGGGAAGCGUGGUGUGCUGAAGCGUCCGUGGUCGGAGGCGGAGCGCGUGGCGGUGGAGACUCACCUGAAGAGGAACAUCGUGGAGCUGCGCGUCCCCGCCAAGGCUGACUGUGAGCGCUGCUUGGAACUCUGCCCCCUGCUGGUCAGCAACCAGCGAGACUGGCGGGCGAUCAAGUUUUACGUCCACAACCGCAUCCAGCUGCUGAAGAAGCAGGGCAGGAGGGAGAGCGCGGGCUCAGUCUGCUAGGGGGCGACAAACAAAGAGACGGAGGACGACACAGACCAUACUGUAAACACCACCAGCAGUCACGAUGAAGGGAAAACGUCCUGGUUAUGGUGGAGCAGCUUUUGUUUUCUCUCUUCGGAAUUAGGUGCACCGUCACACCCAGUCCCGUCACCUUGGUCAUAAGGGAUUAGUGUAAUAAAACGGACUAAAACAGGUGGGAUGCUGAGGUUGAGUAUUUGUCCUCAGUGGAGGAGAUGUCCAUGCCUGUUGAUUGAGAUCUACUUUAAAGUGGUUGGACGUGCUGUACGUAGUUUGAGUAUGAAUUCAGACACAGUGAAUGCUCUUAGGUCUACUGCUCCUUCCACUAAAGGCUAAAGACCAAACAUGAAUGUGUAAAGAUAUGGAGGAGGAAACCAAUGGCUCUGACCCUAAAAAUCCCCCCCCCUAGUUAGCUUACAUGUCUUAUGGACUGAGACAUCAGUGAACCUGUACAGUUUGUGUUUGAUAUCGAUAACUGACUGGCAUUGAGCUUCCAACCCGUGGCUCUCAUAACUGACAAGUGUAUUAAAACGUAUUCUUCAGUCUUGGACCAUGAUGCACCUGUGAAGUGGUUCUUGCAUACCUCUCUACCACAAUCGUAGUCAAACUAGUAUGUAUCAAGGCACGCCUGCUGGAAUCUGUUUAUUGCGCAUCAGACAUUUUUCUUUUUUAUUCUUUUACUUCAGAAUCAACACAUGGUCUUAUUCACAGUGUAAAUACUUACUAAUCAAUGAAAAGUAUACAAUAGUGAUUACAAAGUUAGUAUUGUGCUACGGUGUACAUAUUGUAAAUGCUACCUGUACUUAUUAAAGUGUAUGACAUUU